AUGUCCCAUGAACUAGAGAAGGGGAGCAAAAUGGACAGCAAAGACGCAGUCAUCGAAAUGACCAACAUCACUAAUACCACGGGCGACAAGAAACUAAGGCGUAGGAUCGACCUGUAUCUGAUGCCUCUUCUGACGAUCUCAUUCCUGCUACAAUUCCUGGACAAACAAACCCUCAGUCUUGCGUCUGUGAUGGGAUUGAUUCAAGAUAUGGAUCUCAAAGGCACGCAAUACUCCUGGUCCGGAUCAAUCUUCUAUUUUGGAUACCUAACGCUCUCGUAUCCUGCGGCCUAUCUCAUGGUCAGACUUCCUCUGGCGAAAUUUCUGGCUAUUUGUUGCAUUAUCUGGGCCACAGUGUUGGCCUGCCAUGCAGCAACGACCAACUUUACAAGUCUGGCAGUCACACGCUUCUUCCUAGGUGCUGCUGAGAGCAGUCUGGCGCCGGGCUUUGGUCUCAUCAUUUCCAGCUUCUACACUAGAGCAGAGCAGCCAUUUCGUUUAGGAAUUUGGUUCCUUGGUGCCUCCUUUGGAACCAUGUUUGGCGGCUUAUUUGGGUAUGCUAUCGCGCACAUUCAUUCGACGGUUCUCGCAAAUUGGCAGUGGUUGUUUGUCAUCCUCGGGAUCGUCACCUUUCUCUGGGGCAUACUUCUCUUCUUCGUCUUGCCGAGCUCUCCAAAAGAUGCCAAAUUUCUGUCUGCGGAACAGAAAAGUAGAGCCAUCGCGAGGAUCUGCGAAAAUCAAACUGGACUCAACGAAGACCGGCGCUGGAAAUGGGCUCAAGCGGUAGAGGCAUUGACCGAUCCCAAGAUCUGGCUGGUUGUGAUCUAUCAGCUGGCAAUCGCCAUUCCCAAUGGCGCCGUCACAACUUUUAUGUCACUUGUUAUUUCUGGUAUCGGCUUUUCGCGAUUCGAGGUCUAUCUUUUACAGAUGCCCGUCGGUUUCAUCCAUGGUUGUGCAGCGCUGAUCUCGACCUACAUUUGCAGCCACGUCAAAAGCGCCAGGUGCUGGGUAGGCAUGGGACUGAAUGUUAUAGCAAUCGUCGGUACUAUCCUAGUUCGAUAUGGACCCAACACAGCUGCAAAGCUCGUUGGCUUCUUCUCAUUCGUUCUAUUCGGAUCCGGCAUUCCUAUUGGACAGUCAAUGAUCGCUUCGAACGUCGCUGGGUUUACCAAGAAGUCUGUGGCAUCAGCAAUGAUGUUCUUUGCUUAUUGCAUUGGGAAUAUCACUGGCCCUUUCCUCUUCUUUCCGUCCGAAGCAAAGCGGAACUAUCCGUCUGGAUUCACCGCUAUGACUAUCUGCUUUGCAAUCGCCGGCGCUGCUGUGUUCAUCUUACGCAUCGUCUUGGUCGUUGAAAAUCGCAAACGGGAUCGCGAGCAAGGGGUCAUGGCAUCUGAGGAAAUCUCUGCUGCAGAGCGUACUGACGAGGGAAUACUGACGGACCGGACAGAUGGUAAGAACAAGAGCUUCAGAUAUUUGUUGUAG